UUUCUUUUUUUCUCUACAAUUACAAAAUCGAAACUUUUUUUUUUAUUUUUUGUCUAGGGAAAAAAAUUAAAUAAAAAGGAAAGGAAAAACACACACGAGUGAAAAUUUCCAUUAUUAUGACUUCCAUUCUUCCUUAUCUUCUCCACUCUAUGCUCCUCUCUUCGGACCUCUCACCCAUCUUCUCAAGUGCCAACAACAACAACCCCUUUUCUUGAAUUUUGAAACUCCGCAACCCCAUUUCAUUUCCCAUGAUAUGAUUUGACCCAAUUGGAAUUUUAAUCCAAUUUUUUUUUUUUUUCACUUGUUGAAUCAAUUUUCCUAUUUGGUUGGCACAUAGAGAGAGGAGGUGAAAGGAAAAAAAAAAAAAGAUGAAGAGGGAUCACCAAUCUAGCUACGGAGGAGGGAGUGUGAAAGGUGAAUGCUCGUCAAUGUCGAGUGGCAAGGCCAAGAUGUGGGAUGAAGAACAUGCCGCCGCCGCCGCCACAGUCGGCGGCGGCGUGGACGAGUUGCUGGCGGCUUUGGGUUACAACGUACGUUCUUCAGACAUGGCUGACGUGGCUCAGAAGCUGGAACAGCUUGAGAUGGUUAUGGGAACUGCUAAGGAAGAUGGAAUUUGCCACCUUGCUUCUGACACCGUUCACUAUGACCCAACCGAUCUCUAUUCAUGGGUUCAAAGCAUGCUCACAGAACUGAACCCUUCUUCCACCACCACUACCACCACCACAAUCCUCGAUCCAUCGUGGAACCCUCAAAUCAACGACCCAAUAGACCCUUCUUCAAUCCUCGCCAAUCACACACAACAACAAAUCCACAACCCAACAAGAAUAUUCAACGACGAUUCAGAAUACGACCUCAGAGCAAUCCCUGGCAUAGCAGCAUACCCACCACAACAACAACAGCAAAACCCACACAACGAAACCGAAAUCGAAACCAGCAACAAGCGAUUGAAGCCAUGGCCAAUUGAAUCAGAUUCACCACCACUCCCGCCACCGCCACCACCAACAGUGUCAGAACCAACAAGACCCGUUGUUCUCGUUGACUCGCAGGAAACAGGGGUUCGUCUCGUUCACACUCUCAUGGCUUGCGCCGAAGCUGUUCAGCAAGAGAAUCUCAAGCUCGCUGACACGCUUGUCAAGCACAUAGGUUUGCUCGCAGCGUCGCAAGCCGGAGCUAUGAGGAAGGUAGCUUCUUACUUCGCACAAGCCCUUGCUCGGAGAAUUUACCGAAUCUACCCUGAGGAAACCCUAGAUUCCUCUUUCUCCGACAUGCUCCACAUGCACUUUUACGAAUCUUCCCCUUACCUGAAAUUCGCACACUUCACAGCGAAUCAGGCGAUUCUCGAAGCCUUCGCCGGCGCCGGCAGUGUCCACGUCAUCGAUUUCGACCUCAAACAAGGGAUGCAAUGGCCGGCGCUGAUGCAGGCCCUAGCAUUGCGCGUCGGCGGUCCUCCGACUUUCCGGUUAACCGGAAUCGGACCACCGCAGCCGGACAACACCGACGCGCUUCAACAGGUUGGGUUGAAGUUGGCUCAGCUGGCUCAUACCAUUGGGGUUCAGUUCGAAUUUCGCGGAUUCGUUUGCAACAGUUUGGCGGAUCUUGACCCGAACAUGCUCGAGAUCCGACCCGGUGAGGCUGUUGCUGUUAACUCCGUUUUCGAGCUCCACCGCAUGCUGGCCCGACCCGGAUCCAUUGAGAAGGUACUGGGUACUGUUAAGAAGAUUAAGCCCAAGAUUGUGACUAUUGUUGAACAGGAAGCGAACCACAAUGGACCGGUUUUUGUGGACCGGUUCACGGAGGCUCUGCAUUAUUAUUCAAGCUUGUUUGACUCGCUGGAGGGUUCGUCUUCGUCGUCGUCGACCGGGUUGGCACCGCCGAGUCAGGACCUGCUGAUGUCGGAGCUCUACCUUGGGAGGCAGAUUUGCAACGUGGUGGCUUGCGAAGGGGUGGACCGGGUCGAGCGACACGAGACACUGAACCAGUGGAGGGGGAGGAUGGGCUCGGCCGGUUUCGACCCGGUUCAUCUCGGUUCGAACGCGUUCAAGCAAGCGAGCAUGUUGUUGGCUCUGUUCGCCGGCGGUGAUGGGUAUAGGGUGGAGGAGAACAAUGGGUGCCUCAUGCUUGGGUGGCACACGAGGCCACUCAUCGCCACCUCCGCGUGGAAGCUUCCAGCCGGUGAGUCAUAGUGAGUUGACUCAGUGGGGUCCACUGAGUUAGGAAACGGAACGAGAUGAACUGUAAACUGUAGGUUUAAUUGGAUUCUCGGAAUAGGAUGGUUUGAUUGAACUUUCAAGUUGAGUGAGUCAGCAACAACCGAGUGAGUGAGGCAGGGGAUAAAUAAAAUUUAAAACAAAAAAACAAAAAAAAAGCUACCAAAGUCUGUAAUUUGUAAUUGUACCUUUUAAUUAUGUUUCUCUUUAGUGUUUUUCUUUCUCUAAAUUAUAUAAUUUGCUUUAUUCUUAAGUUGGAUGUCCUUUUCUUUAGUAAUUUUUUUGGUUCUUAAUGUGUUAGAUUAAAUUCAAAUAAAUUGUUUAGCAUGAGUUGUAUGAAACAGUGUUUAAUUGAGGGGGU